ACAUAGGUAGGUAGUAAUGACUGUAUGUUAGUGUUCGCAGUCCUUCGACGCGGUCAAUAACAAGUUCACCUGUUUAUAGUUAUUUUAAUUCUGAUAUUUCUGCCGUCUUAGUGUUUUGAAAAUGGAGUGUCUGACUACGGACGAUGGAAAAUACAGAAUCGAGUCGAUGAGUGCUGCUACUUUAGAAGGUGCUCUGAAAAUAAUAAGAGAAGAUUUCUUCCAAGAUGAAGACGUUAGUGUUGGUGCUGGAAUAAACGAAGAUCCGGAAGCUGCAGAAGAAUUACUAGAACUUUGCGCAGAUGCAAUGCUAGACGGACUAUCGCUGGUGGCUGUUGAAAUUGCGAGUGGAAAAGUUGUAUCCGUUGUUUUUAAUAAACUACAGGAAGCACCAUCUGCUUCGUCAGGAAAAACAUUUUUCGAAACAUUUGCCGAAGAGCGCUGCAAGCGACCAGCCGCCAUUUCUCUGAUCGAUUUCAUGGUAGAACUUGAUGCAAAGUGCAAUUAUUUUGAAAGAUACGGGGUUGACUGCCUCUGUGAACUGAUGUUCCUUGGGACUCUUCGAGAACACAGACGCAAAGGACUUGCCAAGCUUCUCUGUAAAACGUCAGUAGAACAAGCGAAGAAGUUAAAAGAUGGACCUGCUACUCCGCUGAAGAUUGAGGAUCUUGGACCAAAGUAUGCUUUUAUGAAACCGAGGAAGCCAGUUACAAAGAUACCAAAAUUAUGUACCGGGCUAUGGUCAGCAGCAGGUUCUAAGAAGAUCGGAAAGGAUUUGGGUUUCGAAGUCCUGCUCACAGUGUCCUUAAAAGAUUAUGUUUUUGAAGGAAAGACUUAUUCGGAUAGAGUUGGCGUUGUCACUACUUGUGAGGGAGCUGCACUGAAGAUUUGUAAAUACAGGAUCGAAUCACUGACCGCUGCUACAUUAGACGGCAGCUUCAAAGUUAUGAGAGACGAUUUCUUCCAAGAUGAAUUGGUCUGUACUGGAAUCGGGCUAAAUAAAGAUCCGUUAGCUAUAGAAGAAUUACUAGAACUUUGCGCUGACGCAGCGUUAGACGGAGUAUCAUUGGUGGCUGUUGAAAUAGUGAGUGGAGAAGUAGUAGCAGUUAUUUUCAGUAAACUGCAAGAAGCACCAUCCGAAUCAUCGGGAAAGUCAUUUUUCGAAACGUUUAUCGAAGAGAGAUGCAAACAACCAAAAUCUCGUGCUAUUGUAGAUUUCAUGGUAGACGUCGACUCAAAAUGCAAUCAUUUUGAAAGGUACGGAAUUGAUUGCCUCUUUGAACUAUUAUUCCUUGGGACUUCUCGAGAACACAGACAAAAAGGACUUGCUAAGCUACUCUGCAAAACUUCAAUAGAACUAGCAAAGAAGUUGAAACAUGGACCAAUUGCUCCCCUGAAGGUUGAGGAUCUUGGACCAAAAUACGCUUUUAUGAAACUAAGGAAGCCAAUUACAAGAGCACCAAAGUUACUUACCGCGAUUUGGACAGCAGACGGUACUAAGAAGAUAGGAAAAGAUUUGGGUUUUGAUGUGCUGGUCACUGUGUCCUUGAAAGAUUAUAUUUUCGAAGGAAAACGUUAUUCAGACAGAGUAGGUUUUAUUACGACUUGUGAAGGGGCUGCAUUGAAGAUUUAAGGAACAAAUAAUGCCGAAGACAUAGUUUUAUGAGACAAAUAAAACUUUCCUAAAAGUAUAAA